UGGAGCUACGUUCGUACGGGUGUCAUAUACCAAGAAGUCCGUAGUUUUUGGAGAAAUUUUCUUAAAAACUAAAUAGUAAGACAUUAAUAUUAUAGAAAAUGGCAGAUCCUGAACUUGAAGCAAUACGACAGCAACGAUUAGCCCAGUUACAGUCACAGUUUAAGUCUGGCAAUGUUGAUAACAAACAAGCAAUGGAGGAAAAAAGGCAACAAAUUGAAGAUAGAAGGAAUGCUAUUCUUAUCCAAGUAUUAGAUCAAUCUGCUAGAGCAAGACUAAAUACAUUAUGUCUUGGAAAACCUGAGAAAGGAAAAAUGGUAGAAGAUAUGAUAUUAAAUAUGGCACAACGUGGUCAACUAUCUGGUAAACUAGGAGAGAAAGGACUCAUUAGUCUACUUGAAAGUGUAAAUCAACAAACACAACGAAAAACUGUUGUUAAGUUUGAUAGACGAAGAGCAGCACUGGAUUCUGAUGACGACGAUUUAUAGCACUUCUAUGUAUUUUUGCGGUUU